CGGUCAAAAUUGAACAGAGGCUUCGGUCACUCCUUUCUCUCUUCUUCCUUCCAUCGGCGAAGAAGCGGGUGGAGCGAGGCCUCCACCGCGCUGCCCCUUCUCGCCGGUCCGAUCUCCCGGCUUCGUCCCUCUCCGGCGAUUGAUCCGAUCGAUGCCUCUUUACCUGCCCCGAUUUCUGAACAGGAAGUACUGACAAUGCGUAUGCGAAACUAGUGAGAUCGGGCUCUUCCGCUCUUCGUUCGCCGAUCCCGUCUAAUAUGCCCUCCGUUGUUUCCAAGUCCUAUUUUCCUAGGACGUUGAUUGAUGAGGACGGAGACGGGAUCGGAAACGGAAGCGGCAAGACGCAUCUCUACUUGAACAUUUACGAUAUCUCGCCGGUGAAUAAGUACCUAUAUUAUUUGGGGAUCGGUAUCUUCCAUUCUGGGAUUGAAGUUCAUGGCAUGGAAUAUGGAUUUGGAGCACAUGAUUUUUCGAUGAGCGGGGUAUUUGAAGUGGAGCCAAAAAGCUGUCCUGGAUUCAUCUUCAGACGAUCUGUGUGGCUGGGCACCACGAACAUGUCUCGCUCAGAAUUUCGCUUAUUUAUCGAAGAUCUUUCUGAGAAGUACUAUGGUGAUACCUACCAUUUGAUGGACAAGAACUGCAACCAUUUUACAGAGGAAGUAAGCAUGCAGCUGAUAGGGAAGCCAAUUCCAGGAUGGGUGAAUAGACUAGCUAACAUUGGCUCAUUCGGCAGCUGUAUUUUACCAGAACACAUCCGUAUCGAAACAGUCAGAGACUUAUCACCUCGUCCAUCUUCUUCUGAUGGUUCGGACAUAUUUGAUUUGUCAUGCCUACAGGGAUUGGACAGAGAGAAUCAGACCAUCAAUGUUUCAUGAAACCAAACAAUGCCUUUGUGCAUUCGAAUGAUAAGCCGCCAAAGAUUUGCUAGAGAAAACCUUUUAUUGCAUUUGACAUUGCUAAAAGAAUUGCCUCAUUAUUCCUGUUCACUGUAAAUGUUAACCUUUUCUGAUACGUGAACAUGAAGUAUUGUCAUAGAUGGCUUGUUCAA